AUGCAGGUGUGGUCGUUAUGUGUCCUCGCUCGUCUCCCAUUGUCUUUCCCCACCCUCCUCCCUCUCCCUCCCCCAUCAGCCCCUGCUGCCUCUUGGGCCCCAUCCCUGUGGGACAAAGCAAUGCAGGUGUGGGCUGGCCGCAUGUGUGCUCGCUCGUCUUUUGAGACGUCUCAAAAGGCGAAGCAGGUGUGGGCUGGUCGCAUAUGUCCUCGUUUGUCUCCCACUCGCUCCCUCCCCACUUUUCUCGCCCAUACCACCCUUCCCCCUUUUCCUCCCUCCCCCCACCCUCCUCCCCCUUCCCCCAUUUCCUCCGCCCACCACCCUCCUCCCCCUUCCUUCCCCAAUCAGCACCUACCCCACCCCCAUCCCUACCUGCUGACGAUCCGCUCCGAGUACAACGUUAUCUCGACCAAGCUCAGCAAGGCGAGGGGCCGGCUGCGCACGGUCAAAGAAAAGCUUGAGAAGGACCUGGCCAAAUUAUUGGGCGGGCUGCGCACGGUGAAAGAAAAGCUGGAGAAGGACCUGGGUCCUGACGGCGAGUUUCUUUCAUUCGCAGACCACUGCAUCUCCUUCAAUCCCAACAUGUACGAGUAUGAGGUGUGCCCUUACCGGCAGGUGAAGCAGAAGGAGAAGCAUCACUCUGAUACCACUUGUCUCUGUAAGAAGGCGAAGCAGAAGGAGAAGCAUCACCCCGAUACCACUGUGGGGCGUUGGUCAGGCUUUGAGGACAACUAUCGCACGAUGAUGUUCAAGAAUGGCGAUAAGUACGAAGCGGUGCUCGUGACGACUGCAGUGUGCAACGCAGAGCUGGCACAGGAGCUGGAGAGGCAGCUGAAGGAGAUGGAGGAUGAUUUGGCUGGUCACGAUGAGCUGUAA